GAACGGCAACGCCCGGAGGCUCCAGUGACCAUGCGGGCUCUGCUGUAGGAAAAACUACAUUUCCCAUAAGGUUUCGCUCUGCAGCGGCAGAGCCUAUUAGCUUUGGAAUAGCCGGCGUGGAGACGACGCGACGGGCGGCUAGACAUGGCUUUCUCAGUCGGAUCCGUAGGUCGCCACUUGGGCCGCGUCAGGUGGCUCCAGUCCCCGGCCUGGCUGGGGCUCCCCGACGCCUGGGGACUCGUCGCCACACAGCAGAGCCGGGGAAAGGCGCGUGGAAACGAGUAUCAGCCGAGUAACAUCAAACGCAAGCACAAACACGGCUGGAUCCGGCGUUUGAGCACGGCGGCCGGCGUCCAGGUCAUCCUCCGCCGCAUGCACAAAGGCCGCAAGUCUCUGAGCCAUUGAGGAGUGCGACGCUGACCGCGCGGGACCCCCAUUAAAGCCUUUCUCUCUCCUGGGAUCUCACCUGCCGUUGCUUUUGUGGGGAGCCUGGACGACGCAGAUAUGCGAGCACCUCAAAUCGUGGGGUUGGCCCAGGGGGAGAAGUCUGGGGCUGGACUGAAAGUGGGAGUAGGAAGCCAGACCUAGUCCCUUUCUACGAUUUUGAAAUAGGAAGAAUUUCGAACAUACAGCAACAGGCCACUGAAUAGUACAGUGAACCCGUGUACUCUGUACACGGCUCUGACCACCCAUUACCCACAACCCACCUGCCCCCUCCUAUGUUAUUUUGGAGCAAAUCCCAGGUAUCGGGUUAUUUCUUCUGUAAGUAUAUCAGAAUUCAUCUCUUCUAGAAAGGCCUUUUUAAACACUCCAGGCCUGAUGACAGGCCUUUUGAAAACAUAACCAGAAAAACUUUUCACACCUAAAAAAAUGGUUAACAGUUCCUUAAUAUCAUUGUCUAAUAAUAAAUGUUCACAUUUCC